GCGGCCGUAGGAAGUUCUGCGCUCCGGGGUGGUCCUGAGCGCCGCGGCUCCACUGGGGAAGGCAGACGUUGUUGCCAUCGCGAUGUUCUUUGUUUGUUGGUGCCGGUAGAUGUGCAGGAUUCCUUCUAGAAGAAUUGGUGUUCUUUUCCAAAUUGUUUUUACUAGCUCUGUUUUCAUGCGUUUUCACUGCUGUUUUCUAGUCCCAGUUGGAGGUGAAAGGUGCACGUGAGGUAGUGGAGCUGUGAUCCCUACCUGUCGGUGUGGCAGAGCCGAUGCGGACCUCCCGCAGGACCUCGUGGGAGCCCGUGCAGCUGUGCGGGCUGCCGUCUUUCCGUGUGGCAGAGAUGGACCGUCCUGUUCAGAAACGGGAUUUGUUGGUUUCGGAGCAGAACCGGAGCUCGGCUCCUCUGACAGCUGCUGAGCGGUCUGGUGUCAGCAGGCUGGCUGCUGUAUGUGCUGAAAUCUUACAGCGCUGAAAAGGCACAACAGCGAACGAGAGCUGCGCUGGAGUUGCUGGCUGUAACACAGCUGUCGCUGAAGAUGUUUGCGGUACAUUCCUACCUAAACCUCGGUCAGAACAGAGCUGUCCUUUCUGAAAUGCAACCAACACUUUGUUCUCCAAAGUAACACCAAGCUGAAUGUUUUUGUUGUCUUGAUAGUAAAUGCCCCUCAUUAAAAUGAAUGCUGUGCCUUCUCAAGGAACUUUUUUCUUUUUUUCAAGAAGAAAAAGACUUUUUGGUAAUGAAACGUUUGGAGACAACUCAGUGGGAUCGCUGCAAAUUGGGAGUUUUUAGUAUUGCCUCAUUAGGAAACAAACCAUUAUCUUUAACUCGAAGCCGUGGCUCAGUAUACAGGUUGGAUGAAGCUGUACCUCUGUUAGGUUACUGUCCCUGAUGUGGCAGUGCUGAGUGGAACUUCUGGAGUGAGAAAGUGGCUGUGUGUGGAAGUCGCUCAGUGAGGUCACACAGGAUGGGCUCUGAGCGGAGCGGCCCGCAGGCCGAGGUGUGUGCAGCAGGGCAAGGCAGCUGUGCUGGGAGCUGCGUGCCUGCGGGUGAGAUGUGUGCUGCACGACAGCAUCUGGGAAGGCUGCGUGUCUCAGGACGGGGCGGAUAGCUGAUCCUUUUCUGUGCGUAGGAUAGAGCCAGCAGUUGUCGGAAGAUGCCCAGUAGCGUUGUUGGAAUUGGUACGUGUCACCGUGGUAUAUUACAGCAGCAUUUUAAUUAAGCAUGGAAAUCACUUGACAGUGCUGUAAAGUGUUGGGUGCUUAACAGUCUGAGCUCUGCAGCUUCUGCACUCGCUGUUAAAAUUGAAGGAGAUGCCACAUGGAUUCCUAGGGCAGUGCUGGUGCUCCUUUUGUGUGUAAGGUAAGCUGUGCUUCUGUCACACUGCAGAAGGAACGAUAGAUGGGUGAUCAUUUACAGCCCAGCUUUCCUCCUCUGUAAGAAAACAGUAAAUAUUGAAAGUAAAUAUUGAAGUUAAAGUGGUAUUCCUGCACUACAGUACAAUACCGGAAUCUGUUGGUAGUCAAAAGUCAUACAGUGCAAAUGUCUUCUUCAUAACUUGCCAUUACAAUGGCAGCUGCUCUGAUAGAUGCAACCACAGAUGGUAAGAUGGGAGAAAAGGCAUUUUGUUCUGGGGCAGCUGCAGGUACCACUGAGAGCUAGAUGAGAACUUUAUUGACCUCUUUUCAGAAUUGGGAAGUUACUUUUGUUCUAGUAUUUGGAGUUGUUUUGAGAUGCAGAACUUGCACAGUGAGAGUGGACAGAGCAGUGCCAGGUGUGGUGAGGACAGCUUUAGUGUGAAAGCAGUGGGAGCAGGACAAGGGCUGUGUGGCUGUCACUGCGACAGGGAUGGGCUGUGCUGUCUGUGGGUGCAGCCCAGUUUGCAUUUCAGUACUGCUGCAUUUACUGUUGUUUUUUCAUUCUGCUCUUUGAAAUGCUGGUGUGCUGCUUUUCUAAAAGUGUAACAGCUGCAGCUAAAUGAACGUUAUGCCAUUUUGGAUGGCUAGGACGGGCUCUUCUUUAUUUCUUCAUGGCAGAUAGAAUUUUGUUAGCAUAAUUUCACAUUACGGUCCUUGAUGUGGAGGCAGUCCUGCUCACAUAAAUUGGUACAAGUGUACACUUCUUAACACUAUAAGGGAGUGUGAGCUGUGGAGGUGAGAACAGACAACACUGGUCUGAGGAUAAGGCAAUAUAAACAUCUGUAUGCAUUAGAAGCAAAAAAAAGAAUCCUAAUUAUGUUAAUUUAGUUUAAAUAUAUAUGUGUGUGUAUAUGUAUAUACAGGAGUUUUUUUGUGCGUAUGUGGAAGGUUUGUUUUGAUUGACGUGAUGUGUUUUGGGAAAAAAUGCCCUUGCUUUGAUAGUCAGGUUGGCCAGAUUGGCCUGCUCAUUUGGGGCUUGCAGGAUCUGGUACAAGAACCAAACUCAUGUUCUAGAUGUGAAUACUUUCCAAGAGGGCAGGGCUCUUACUUACCCACCCAGGGACUGUGUGUCUGCAGAGAGAAAAAUACAUAUUCUUCAGAACUGAUGUUGAAAGACAAAAUAGACCUCAAAUUCAGCAUCUUGUUCUUACUGCAAAGUAACACAGCAGUGCUUUGAAUGUGUUACGAUGGUUGAUGGCCUCAUAUAAGAGUGGAACGAAUUCCAUACUUUCUGUAGUGAAUCACUUUGUGCUUUACUGCUCUUUAUAUCCUUGGAGGGUUGGGUUUUCUUGUUCUUUUGUUUUAAAGAUGGCAUGAAAGAUGGUUGACCAAAAACUGGUUCUUGUGGUUGAGUCCUACAGCUGUGUGAUUGUGAAUAAUCACACCUGCAGGCUCUCGGUUGACCAGAUCAGGUGGCAAAAUGUUUGAUUUAAAACCCAUUUUUCAAGAAGCAUGUUAAACAAUUUGCAAGAAAUAGAGUUUGAGCAACUGCAAACAGCCUGUGCACCAAAGAUAUUCAUUACCUCCCCUGUCCUGUGUGUGUAGGUUGGCAUGCUCCCUGGCCUGGCAUCAGUGGCUGCUGAUCCUUCCCUGCCUCCAGCUCCUUUUCCCUCCUUCACACCUCAGCCAUUCUUUCCUUCACCCCUUUUUUCUCUCCUGUGUAUCGAUUGCUGAUGUGCCUCUGGAUCUCAUAGUUCUCUGCUUGUGGUGCAUCUGGGCCAAAGGAAUUGUUAGUGAUGCGGAUUCAUAGCAGCAACAGUACGGGGGCAUAAUAUCUCUUGAAAUCGAAGUUGGCAAAAUAUUUGUCUUAAAAUGCUUUUUCUUUUUUCUCCCUAAAAAAGUUCAUUGUGUUUCUGACCUUCUGUUUUGUUUUGUUUCCUCAUUGCUGCUGCUAUGAAUAUGGAAGGUUCCCGAGUCAGACGGAAGACAGCAGUAGCAGAGGUGGAUUAACGCUGGAAUGUAGUCAGGGACUGGAGCGCUCGGGAGCUAUGCUUAGACAGAAAGGGAACGAGGGGAAGAUGUCUCGCUGGGGUCGGAGCUGGCAGCCACGUCAGCCGCUUGGUUUCCCACAGUCCUGUAAUUUAAGGCGGGACUGUACCGGUAUGGGAAGCCCCUAGGAGUACGAGCUGUGUGAGGGAGCGCUGGUGUCGGUGCGUAUCGCGGCCGUGCUGCUGGGCGCUCAGAUGCUCUGUAAGCAGAGGCCCUGGACUGAAGGCAGAAGGUUACGCGAGGUGUGAGUAGGGGCGUUCAUCACAGCGUCCUGCUGGAUUUCCGACUUGGAGAACUUAAUUGAACUCUGAGUACCAAACUUCCUCAGGUAACAUCAUCUAGAAAAUGGGUUUAAGGCCCAGGCCCCCUCAAACGUCUGCAGCACCCCUCACCCUGCUGAGUGCCUCCGCGGUAGCUCCGUGUCGGUACAGCAGGAUAUGACCCUUCUUCUAUGUCCGGGCUUCGGCCUCACACAGUAGGUGUAAUAUAAUCGCUGAGGAGGGCGUUCUGGAAGGAGAAUUAUUUUUGAAGGCUUUUGCAUGAAACUUGUCCAAUGAGUCUGAGACGCCCAAGCACCAUUAAUUUUGGAGGAAAAAGAUGGAGUAUUGCAUGCUGGGAACAAGUGCUUUCCAUAAGGUACAGCAGCAGCUCAUGAUGCCCCGUAAAGCUUUUCUUUCCCAGAAAGAAAAGCAGGCUCGUGCCAGGGAAAGAGAUAUGUUAAAAAAGAGAAGGAGGCGACAAGACUAUCUCAAAAGAAGCGUGGACCCACAGAAAAAUGCAGAAACAAUAAAAUGGCACAGAGAUGAUGAGAAGAGGAGAGAAAAUGAGCAAGUUAAGGACAAAGAUAUCAAGAAGCGAUGGAGACAGGAUGAGAGAGAACGACGAAAGAAUGUGGACGCUAUGAAUUGGCGCAGGGAAGAUGAGAAGAGGGAAAAUGAGCGAGAAACUAUGUUCCAACUUCCUGUCAACAACCUUGGCAGUUUAAGAAAGGCCCGGAAAACUGUGAAAAAAAUACUUAGUGACAUUGGUUUGGAAUACUGUAAAGAACAUAUAGAAGAUUUUAAACAGUUUGAACCUAAUGACUUUUAUUUGAAAAACACUACAUGGGAAGAUGUAGGACUGUGGGACCCAUCGCUUACGAAAAAUCAGGACUAUCGGACAAAGCCCUUUUGCUGCAGUGCAUGUCCAUUUUCCUCGAAGUUCUUUUCAGCAUACAAAAGCCACUUCCGGAAUGUCCAUAGCGAAGACUUUGAAAAUCGGAUUCUCCUUAAUUGUCCAUACUGUACUUUCAAUGCGGACAAAAAGACUUUGGAAACGCACAUUAAAAUAUUUCAUGCUCCAAAUGCCAAUACACCAAGUGGAGGCAUCAGCACUUUUAAAGAUAAAAACAAGCAUGAUAGCCUUAAACCUAAGCAGGCUGACAGUGUAGAACAAGCUGUUUAUUACUGUAAGAAGUGCACUUACCGAGAUCCGCUGUAUGAAAUUGUUAGAAAGCACAUUUACAGGGAACAUUUUCAGCACGUAGCUGCUCCUUACGUAGCAAAGGGAGGUGAAAAGUCACUCAAUGGUGCAGUUCCAUUAAGUUCCAGUACCCGGGAAGAGGGUAGUAUUCAUUGCAAACGCUGCCUUUUUAUGCCGAAAUCAUAUGAAGCUUUAGUACAGCACGUUAUCGAAGACCAUGAACGUAUAGGGUAUCAGGUAACAGCGAUGAUAGGUCACACUAAUGUAGUGGUUCCAAGAUCUAAACCUUUGAUGCUAAUAGCUCCAAAACCACAGGACAAAAAGCCUAUGGGACUUCCUCAGAGGAUGGGUCCCCUUUCCCCUGGGAGCGUUCGAUCUCUUUCAUCACAACAGAUGAUGAACAGACUCACUAUACCAAAGCCUACAUUAAAUUCUGCAGGAGUGAACAUGAUGUCAAAUGUUCACUUACAGCAAAACAAUUAUGGAGUCAAAUCAGUACCACCAAGUUACGUUGGUCAGCCAGGGGGAAGGCUGAGCUUAAGUGGUAAUGCGCCAGUUUCUAUUCCACAGCAAUCUCAAACAAUGAAACAGUUUUCAAGUGGAAAUGGAAGGCCCUAUACUCUUGGGGAACAGAGAUCUCAGGCCUCAGCAAGAUACUCUCUUCAGUCUGCCAAUUCAACUUCUUUGUCAUCAGCUCAGUUGAAACAAACGUCGUUAUCUCAGUCACAGGCAGCUUCAAGAGUAUUAGGUCAGUCUGGCUCAAAGUCUCCUGUAGCUGCUACAGGUCCUUCUUCUGUCAAUACAUCAUCCACACAAAAGUGGAAAAUCUGUACAAUCUGUAAUGAGCUGUUUCCUGAAAAUGUGUAUAGCGUUCACUUUGAAAAGGAGCACAAGGCUGAAAAGGUGCCUGCAGUAGCUAACUAUAUAAUGAAAAUACACAAUUUCACUAGCAAAUGUUUAUACUGUAAUCGCUAUUUACCCACUGAUACGUUGCUUAAUCAUAUGUUAAUACAUGGUUUGUCUUGUCCGUAUUGCCGUUCAACCUUCAAUGAUGUUGAAAAGAUGGCUGCUCAUAUGCGAAUGGUUCAUGUUGAUGAAGAAAUGGGACCUAAAACUGAUUCCACUCUAACGUUUGAUUUGACGCUGCAGCAGGGUAGUCUCACAAAUAUACAUCUUCUGGUAACGACCUACAACCUGAGGGAUGCUCCUGCUGAAUCUGUAGCUUAUCAUGCUCAGAAUACACCUCCAGUUCCUCCAAAACCACAGCCGAAAAUCCAGGAGAAGUCUGACGCACCUGUGAAAAGUUCUCCACAAGCAGCAGUUCCCUACAAGAAAGAUGUGGGGAAAACCCUCUGUCCUCUGUGCUUUUCAAUCCUAAAAGGACCCAUCUCUGAUGCACUUGCACAUCAUCUACGGGAGAGGCAUCAAGUUAUUCAGACGGUUCAUCCAGUUGAGAAAAAACUAACCUACAAGGCACUUCACUGCCUUGGCGUGUAUACCAGUAACAUGACUGCCUCAACUAUCACGUUGCACCUUGUUCACUGCAGAGGUGUUGGGAAGACUCAGAAUGGCCAGGACAAAGGUACUUCGUCAUCUCGGCUAAGUCAGUCUGCAGGUGUAGCACCUGUAAAACGUACUUACGAACACAUGGAAUUCUCUCUGAUGAAGAGAAGGAAAAUGGAUGAUGAUGACUCCCCCUCUGCCUUUGAGGAGAAGCCUGAAGAACCGGUAGUUCUAGCAUUGGACCCCAAGGGUCAUGAAGAUGAUUCCUAUGAAGCCAGGAAGACAUUUCUCACAAAGUAUUUUAAUAAGCAACCAUAUCCAACUAGGAGAGAGAUUGAAAAGCUGGCUGCCAGUUUGUGGCUAUGGAAAUCUGAUAUUGCAUCUCACUUCAGCAACAAAAGGAAAAAAUGUGUUAGAGAUUGUGAAAAAUACAAACCUGGUGUGCUGCUUGGUUUCAAUAUGAAAGAAUUAAACAAAGUUAAACAUGAAAUGGAUUUUGAUGCUGAAUGGCUGUUUGAAAACCACGAUGAAAAGAAUUCCAGAGUUAAUGUUAGUAAGACUGUUGAUAAAAAAAUAAACAUAGAAAAAGACAAUGAAAGUUCAUCAGACAGCUAUGAAAAUACGGAAGAGGAAUACAAUGAAAGCAGUAGUCCAUUUGGUCCACAUAUUUCUGACAUUGGUGAGAAAGCUUCUCCUGAUAGCAUAGCAGAGAACCCAGAGGAUGGCAUAUCCAAGGAAAUCAUUGAAGAAAAUACCUUACCAUCUCCAGAAAAGUCUGAUCAAAAACAAGAAGAAAGCUCUAAAUAUGAGGAGAUUAUUUCUGCCGAAGAGCAGACCAAACUGGUUGGUGAUGUUUCAGAUAGUGAAGGUGAUCAGGAUGAUCAGGAUGAUGCUGUUGAAUGGAAAGAUGGAGCUUCGCAGUCUGAAAGCGGGCCUGGUUCUCAGCAAGUUUCUGAUUUUGAAGAUAACGCAUCAGAAGUAAAACCAGAAGUGUGGACAGAUGAAUCCUCACAAAGCGAAGAUGCUGGUAGCAGUAAACCGACUGCAGAGACAAAAGGAGGUGGGUCCGAGAGUGAUGAAGAGCAGUCAAAGUGGAAGAAUCGUUCCUAUGGAAAAGUAGAAGAGUUCUGGGCCAAGGACCAGUCGCAAUGGAAAAAUACAUCAGAGAUUGAGGAGAGCUUGUCAAAUCAGCAGAUGGAAUGGCAGAAUAGCACAAUUGACAGUGAGGAUGGAGAUCAGUUUGACAGUGUGACUGAUGGGGUAGCAGAACCAAUGCACAGCAGCUUAUCCGGUGUGGAGCUGAGCAGUCAGCAAGCAUAAGCUCCUCGAUUCAGAAGUGGCAGUAAUAUGAUCCAACCUACAACUGGCUAAACACUUCAUUUCAGUAUGACUGCUAAGCUUAAAUUCUGACUGGUACUGCCUGCCAAGUGCGAGGUCACCGUGAGUGGUGUUCAUGGCCACCGUUACUCCAGUGGCGAAGGAUGCUGUUGGCUAAUCUUGCUUGAGAGUACUUGCUGGGAUGAGCACAGUAAUUUAAUGUGAAAACAGAUAAGCUGGUGGCUCAAGAAUGCACAGAGAAAAGCAGAGGUUUAUUUUAUCUGCAUUUUCACCAUUUAUUUCACCCUUGUACAUGUUCAGUUGUAUGUCUUUUUAAACAUUACCCUUUUUCACAUGGUAGUGUGUAGGGCCAACAUACAAGCUACCAGUCCAACGUGUAUAGUAGACUAUGGGAAAAUUGAUUUUUUCAUGUAUCAUUCUGAAUAGUUGAAAUGUAUAUUUGUACAGUCUUUUAGACCUAUUCAAGUGAAGCUUAUGAAAUUGUUCUUGUGUACCCAUCAUAGAUUUGUUUCUCUUUUUUAGUGUUGCCCUGCUGUGUAAUAAAUGCUGUAUUUAGUUUACCUAGCAAAAGCUUGAAACUGCUAUAGUAUGAAUUUUGACAAACUUAGUUUUUGCACAUAACCUUGUACAAUCUCAAAAACGGAGGCCAGCACCAUAAAAAAAAUAUAUCUGGACUCUUAUUGUAUUAUAGAAUUUUCUUGUUCUGAAUAUCCUUGACAUUACAACUGAUGACAAAUGUAUUUCAGAGCCAUUUUCUGAAAUCUUUUAAGCUAAAGAUGAAAAAUCACAUGCAAGAAACAAGUUUGCAGCUACUAAUUUUGACACCUUUUAGAUCUGUAUAAAAGUGUAUUGUGUUGAAGCAGCACACUUAAAACAACAGUGCUGUGUUUUGGAUAUUUAGUUUUAUCUUUAGUUAACACCAACAAGGUGUUGUAUUCAUUUAUACCAUCUAAUAUAUGACACACUGUUGUAGUAUGUAUAAUUUUGUGAUCUUUAUUUCCCUUUGUAUUCUUCAUUUAAACAUCUAAAUAAAUUGCUGUAUUGUGCUUACUGUAAA